GACCGAGCCAUCGUGCAGAGCAGAAUGCUGAUGGGGAGGAACCCCGACACAAAUACGUGCUGGACGUGAGAUUUGUGGAUCAUGACCGAAAUUUCUGCCACUUUACAGCAAUAAACAUAAAGCGCGAGAGCACGUGCGUGGUGUGUCUGGGGUUUGUGCAACAUCACGAGGUUUUAGUAGCUGGUUGUUAAGCAUGGAGCUGGACCGGAGACUAUUGCUGGCGCACUGCGCCGCCCACGCCCUGUCCGUUAUCGCAGGCCUGCUGGUCGUGGUGCCGUUAGCGCUGAACGGCUCUGCGUUUAAAGGCCGGUGUGCGCUGUUCAGUCAGGGCUUCUGGCGCUCCGAGAACCAGAGCGCGAGCGGCGCACAGCUGGCGGCAGGGACGCACUUGGUGGUGCAGCAGUGGGGGCCGCCGGCAGCCUGCCAGUUCGCCACGUUCGUCGGCGUGUUCACAGUGCUGUACGGAGCCACACAGAGCUGGAGAAGUUUAUUUUACCUCCACCGCCGCCACGACGACACCUUGUUCUCAGCCUUCCUCACGCUGCUGCUGAGCCUGUGUGUGCUCUUCCUUUCCGGAGGAGCAAGUGUGAUUCUGACCCUCGGACUUGUGUCCUGGUGCAACACCGUCACUGACCACAACACCCGACCAUACAGCUGUGCUGAGUCGCAAUCUGUGCCCCUCUACUUGGAUGUGGAAACCUCCUCGUUCUACUCAGAGCUCACCUGUGCACAGAUCUCUCUGUGGUGUUUAACAGUUCUGUGGUUGGUUCACUCCAUUCUGUCCUUCCUGAGACUCUACCACUCUCACAGUCAGCAGAUCAGCGGACCGUGUCUGUCCCGAGAGAAGGAGCUCCUAUUGGGCCAGUCUCAUGUAGACUGUCCCCUGCCAUGUCAACACCCUCACCCUCCGCAACCACCUGCCGUUUUCAUUUAAUCCCUUAACUAUCCCCUAAAUAUGCUCUUUUAUGUUGAUCCACAAAUCAUAAGCCUUUUCUAGUGCUGGUUAGACUAGGUUUGUGGUAGUGGAAACAUAAAAAGAUACAAGAAUUCUGAAGAAGAAGCUCCAACUUUUACAUGGAGCAUCCUGUAAUGUUGCACUACAACCUGUCCAUGCAUGUCUGUGAAAAACAUAAUGAAGAACAGUGGAAACACAAAAAUCUAGAACAACAAAGAACGAGAAAUGUUGUUACAAAUAAGCUAUAUGUAUUGUUUACACAUUGUUGCUUUAGUCUACUUAUUGUACUGUAAUUGUGUUUGUCAAGCACUUUUAAACAGGGUCUUUAGUAUUUAGCUUUCUAGGGUAAAUGUCAUUUUAAUGACAUGCAGCGUUCGUUCGCUUGCAGAAAGAUAAAUGUUGCAAAAACCUUGCAAUAUGCAAGUAAAAAUAAUAUGACAAAGUGAAUGGGAAGGAAGACUAGCAUGUUGCAUGUGCUCAGUUCAGACCCAUGCUGCUUUACUGUAAAUAUACAUUGCUGUGCAUGCUUCUCUUGCAUGCUGCUGAGUGUACAGUCGUGUGUUGCUUAAACAUUCUCUCCCUGCCACAUGAAGGUUUCUUGGAUGAUGCUGUGUGUAGAUAUAGCUCUGAGGAAACAGCCACUGCAGAGGUGCCAACAUUUAUGGUUUAGCCUUAGCAAUUAUGAUUUUUGACCCCUUGCUAGGAGACACCUGAAAACUACAGCAGUUAGGCUGUAUUUGAAUUAAGUUCACCUGCUGGAAGAACCAGUUCGCUGAAGGGGAAAGGACAUGUAAGAUGCAUAUUUGCUUCUGGUAGUGGUUUCGCACUGACUUUUCAGUUUUGACCUGUGAAUUCAUGAGCAUUGAUCUUGUGAGCCAGUAGAGCACAAGUCGGCAAGACUGUGGGCUCUUUGCUUGGUUAAACAUGGAGGAGCUGCUAAUUAUUAAGUAUUUCUGACACUAGAAAACAUUAGCUUUCUCAUCCAGAGAUAUAUGCUCAGUUUUUUGUGGCAAAUUUAGUUUUUCCCGCUCUAGUUUGGCUUGCUAGAAUUUCCAUGUUAGCAAUGUUGGCACCUCUGUUCUGUUUGCCCUGCUUGGGCCCCUGGUUGUAAUUCAGAAUCUGACAUCAGUAAGGGACGUGCAUGAUGGAGAAAAAAACCCAAGAAUUCAUGGAAUGUGCACCAUGCCUUUGACCUCUGACCUCCCUGAACUGAGUGGCUGUGGUGACACACACAAAUAGCUGAGCAAGAAACUGGAGGUAAAGGGAGAGAAAUGUAUGUAAAUGUAAUUAUUGCUAAUAUUCAUGUUUUAUACCUCUGUUUGUACCACUAUUGUAUCUAUAAUUUAUUUGAUAUCAACUCGUGAAUAGUAAAAAAAAAAAAAGUGUAUAAAAUCCA